AUGUCCUCGACAUUCCCGUCCUCCGACUCACGCGGGUGGUGGCCCUCCAAGCCCAACUCAAAGGAUCCUGCGCGCAGGCCUACACCGGAGAAGCGCGACUCCCAGCCCAAAGUCUCCGGCAACAAAUUCAAUACGCUGGCCUCGGCCCUUGGGCUCAAAUCAACGAAACGCCCGCCUGCACUCGCCAUUGAGCAGCCCCCUCCAGCCCUGCAGUCCCCUCUCUCCCCGAAGCCGCCCAAGAAGUAUGCCAACCGUCCCCCGUCCAAGUCCGUGUCGUCGACUCGCUCGAGGACGGACUCCAUCGAGCCCCGGACACCUCCGGACCUAUACCAGGACCCGGUGGGCAAACGGCAGUCCCUGCUCACACUCUCGGACCUCGAUCCCUUCGCUGCACGCGGCAUUGCAACUCCAAACUCCCCGUCCGAUCCCAACCGUCUGUCCGCAUACUCGAAUACUUCUGUCCCCGAAUACGUGUCGAAGAAGCUUGAAGCGCGGGGCCCGACGCACCGUUCCUCCUACGCGUCCUCCUCUUCCACAUACACUGGUGAUACGGGCAGCAGUCCCACGACGAUGUCGCCCGUACCCUCUGCAGAUGGACAUCCAAAGAUACCCAACGCUAGACUGCCCGGUAAUCUUCAUCGCAAAGCCUCACUCCUUUCGGGAGAUGGAUCGCUUGGGUCGGCUUGGGAUAACAUGUCCUCCAAUAUGCAUUCCUCGCAGACACUCAAGGAGCCGCGCCUUAGUCAACCUGACCCCACCACUCUGAUCUCACGGCCGCCCACCCGCCCGAGGGGCAUGACAGAUGUGGGCACAUCGUUGCGACACAAAUUCGUUCCUCGAGACGACGCAGUCCCCAAGGUCGCUCCUCCUACUCAUGUGAUGCCUCGCACGUCCCCAAGAGUAGUCGUACGCCAAGCGUCAGCUUCUCGCAUUGUCGCCGGACCAAGCACUGCACCACCUGCUGCUGAACUUCCCCCACCACCCUCACUCCCAGCCGAUGACGCCGACUUCGCAUCUAACUCCAUUCAUCAACAUGACUCACCCGACGAUAUGUUCUUCGCGUCGCCUACUAGCUGGGAUGGUCGCCCGCUCAGCCCUAGAGAGCGCGAGAAAAGGCCAUGGGAGAGGGACUUCCAGCCAUUGGGUGGCUAUGAUAUAGAUCGUAGCCUGCCUUCAAGCUCUCGGUCAUCCGGCUCGCAGCCGUCGCGGACGCUGAAGAAGUCGCUAUCGCAUCAGGCGUUGGUCAAAAAGGCGCCGGUCCCUACUGUCCCCACACCCCCUCCCGAGCGCGACGCGGACAGGCAACCGCGAAAGCAGAGAUCCUUCCAUCAUCCGCGUACACCCCUCUCCUCUCCGCAGACGACGAACGCUUCUCUGCCUGGCACACCCGACGCGUCGACGACAGACCACAGACGAAGUGGUCCGGGGUCUACGCGGAAGCGUCUCUUCUCCGGUUCCAGUAUGCGGCGUCCGUCGACAUCACAGGGCCCGGACACUGACGAAGACGUUCGCUCGGUAUUCAGUCUGCCUCUUGCAGCAGAGCACGUGCAGCGCGCGCCGCUAUCACUAUCCGCAUUCCACCAGCCGUCGUCGUUCUGGGAUGAAGGGCCGUCGGAACCACCUAGACCUAUAAGUCCGCCGUCGACGACGCAGCAGCAACAGCAGCAGCAGCAGCAGGAGUAUACACCGCAGCAUAUCAUGUCACCUGCUGAUAUGCUGAAGGUGGAGGCCAGUAUGGCCCUGGAGGAGGAGGCGCAACGCCAGCCGUACAUCCGGCAACGAGGGAACUCUAUCCUAUCGUCGUCGACAUGUCUGUCCGACGAGACUGGAGAGGAGGAAUAUCCGCCUUCCGUACAUCGUCUCACCGCCAUGCCGUCACGCAGCACGUCCAUGGUCUCGCGGAAGAGCACAGGCUCUGUCCCGCAAGUCUCGCGACCUUCUACGGCCACGAACUCGUCUGCAGCCUCAUUCAGGCAGCGAUCAGAAGAACAGCUGUUCCUUUCCCCUCAGGCACUCCCUCCCCCUCCGCGACGUAAUCGUCCCUCGACGCGGCAAGGUCCUCCCGCACCACCUGCUCCAGGCCCUCCCCCUCCUGAGACGGAGGCGGAAGCGUCGGAAGCGGUGGAUGGGUUUUCGCCGCUUUCGCCACCGCCGCGGAAGAUCCUCUCGGCGAAGAAGUCGAUGGAACGGGUGACUCAGCGUCGGUCCAUCAUGCGCAAACCUUCCUUCCUCAGCUUUGACGUCGAGGACGAGGAUGAUCCAUCGGACGGCGAGCUGGACACCGAUUCUAUAAACCACAUUUUCGAGGGAGCAGGAGACACGCAUGAUAGCUUCCUCGACCUAGCUCGCGAGUCCUUCGACUCGACCAGGAGCGACUACGAAUAG